AUUAUGGAGCAGACUUUUCGUUCACAUCUGAACCUUUCCUAACUUGUCCGAGUAAUAAGUAUUUUUAACAAAUCAUGCAGUUUUCAUUUAUAUGACUAUAAGCGAAAGAAAUAAGAGUUAGAGAGAGAAAGGGAUAGAGAUGGAGAUCGAAAGCCAUUCUCACUCUACUGGUGUACAAGGUUCACUUUCUCUUGAAUCUGAACCCAAGAAACCUGCAGGUGGAUGGAGAGCCGUUAAGUACAUUCUUGGAAAUGAAUCGUUUGAGAAAUUGGCAUCGAUGAGCCUUGUGGCAAACAUCACAGUGUAUCUACGUACGAAAUACAACUUGAAUGGCAUACUUCUUGUUAAUGUGGUUACGAUAUGGUCUGGUAGUUCCAAUCUCUCGUCGAUAGUCGGUGCCAUAAUCUCCGAUGUUUGUCUGGGAAGAUUUCUCACUCUCCUCAUUGGCACCAUUUGCUCGCUAUUGGGCAUGGUUGGUAUGACCUUAACAGCAAGUAUAACUCAACUAAGGCCUCCAGAAUGCAAUGAGCAAUCUCCAUGCAAACAGCCCCAAAAAUGGCAGCUUGGUUUCCUAUUUACCGCUCUCGGAAUGAUUGCAGUUGGAGCAGGGUGCAUUAGGCCAUGCAACAUUGCUUUUGGGGCUGAUCAAUUUGAUACAAAAACUGAGAAAGGAAGAGCCCAGCUUGAAAGCUUCUUCAAUUGGUGGUAUUUGUUAUUCACCGUAGCCCUCGUGAUAGCCCUAACCGGGGUCGUCUACAUUCAAACGAAUAUCAGCUGGAUAAUAGGUUUCACUAUCCCAACAGCUUGUCUUGCCAUUUCAAUCACGAUUUUCUUGAUUGGUCAACAUACUUACAUAUACAAGAAGACUCGGGGAAGUGUUUUUAUAGACAUGGCAAAGGUAGUUGCAGCUUCUUUUAGGAAACGAAAGAUAAACCUCAGAUCAGGUGAUAAUCAGCACUCUUUCUAUGACCCUGUGCAAGAACAGGAAACGGAAAUAGCUAACCUGACGAAACUGAAAAGGUUUAACUGCCUUGACAAGGCUGCUGUGAUAACAGAUCCAGGGGAAUUGGAUGCACAAGGUAUGCCUAAAAAUAGUUGGAAAUUGUGCAGUGUACAACAGGUACAACAAUUGAAGUGUUUGGUUGGAAUUAUACCAGUAUGGUUUUCAGGCAUUGGCUGUUUCCUAGUCAUGGACCAGCAAAGCACAUUUGGAGUCCUGCAAGCAAUUCAAAUGAACAGGUCAGUUGGGAAUCAUUUCAAAAUUCCACCUGCUUGGUUGUCCAUAACAUCGAUGAUUGCACUCUCUAUCUGGAUAUACAUUUACGAAGGAAUAUACAUCCCCAAUGCUAAGAAAAUAUUGAAAAGGCGUUCAAGGUUAAUGCUGCAGCACAGGAUUGGAAUCGGGAUUGUUAUGUCAAUCCUCUGCAUGGUGGUAGCUGGAGUUGUUGAAAAGAGGCGCCGAGAACUAGCUAUAAGGCAAGGUUCUUUCACCUCCCCAGUUCAUGUUUUAGUCCUCAUGCCUCAGUUUAUCCUAUCUGGCCUUACAGAAGCUUUUUCUGCUGUUGCUAUAAUGGAAUUUGUCACAGUACAAAUGCCAGAAAGCAUGAGAAGUGUUGCGGGUUCAAUUUUUUUUCUCAGCCUGUCAAUUGCAAGCUACCUAAGUGCCCUCAUUGUCAAUGUAAUACACACUGUAACUGGACGAAACAGAAAAUCACCAUGGCUUGGGGGACAUGAUCUUAACAAGAACAGGCUCGAUUAUUACUAUUACAUUAUUGCUACUCUAGGAGCCAUCAACUUGAUAUAUUUCACUUUCUUUGCAAGCAGUUAUGUGCCUUGUCACAAAGCUGUAAAAGUUGCAGAAGAAUCGCAGUUACAGAACUCAGCCAAUCAAUUAGAGGCUAGAGAUUUUCCACCGAAUGAGAUUAUGCAGGACGAGGAAAGAGGAUUAGACGCAAGGACAACAUAAAUAGAGAAACUGCUUUGCUUUGCCGAGAGAUUGUUUCUUUGCGGUUGGCUUUGAGUAAUCUGUAAAUACCACUCGUGGUGGUGGAUUGCUUAAUUUGCUUCAGAAGAAUGCAAUUCAAUAUCACACAAAUUCUUGCUAUAAAUCAUAACUAUGAAAAUAUAUGUUGCAAGCAUAGAUUAUUUUGGAAAAGCUGUGGGAUGUCUCUUCCCCGGUAUAACUAAUUUUUGUUCAUGAAUGAUGAGAAACGUUUGAAGUUGGUUGCCCCUCAUUGAAUUUGAUUGAGGAAAGAUUGAUAAUCCAAUGUUAAUUGAUGAAAGGUCGUGACACUAAACAAAUUGAUCCAGAUUAGGACUCUGAUAAAUUAAAUAGAGUCAAGGAUUAAACGGUUAAAAUAGGGUCAAACCAUAGGUCAAAAAUAAUUAAAUAAAUAAAUGCACCCAGAUUGCCCAAAAGACAUUGUAGAUUGCAACAAAGCUAACAACCUGAUGAUGAGCAGUGAGAUCAAUCGUAUGAAAGGUGACGAGAAUAAGAGAUAAGUACUCUUAAAAUCAUAUUGAUAAUGGGGUAGUUGGAAAAGAAAAAUCAUAUGCAACAUGAUUGAGGAAAUGAAAUAACAGUACUACGCCCAAUCUGGACAAGAAUCAAAGUAUAUUGAACUAAAAUUUUCGCAACGUAGUAUAUUCAUAUUGCAACAUUUUAUCGAACACUUGGUAUGCAAAAAUUGUAGGUAAUGCAAACACAAAAAGAAUAACAGCACUGUGUUCCUAUUUACUGAAGUCAACAAGGAUAUGGGGAAUAUGAUAUACAGACGGACCAAAUAUACAUAAAAAAAAAAAUAAUAAUAAAAAAAUAAAAUAAAAAGGAACAUGAA